AUCAGCAUUGACGUUGACACCUGGCGGUCGUGCAAGUAUCGUCCUUCUCUUCCCCUCUACUGCUAGCUCCUUUUGACCCAUUCAGUGUCCAGGAGCCUCCAAAGAUGUCCUCUUCAGCCUCUUCGUCGUCAGGCCGCAGCGUCUCACCCGAGGCAUCCGACUCCGUACGUGCCAUCAAGCCGCUGCCUGCCGCCGGAGCUUCGUCUUCGUCUGCCUCACCACCGCUUAAGAGUGCAGCAACAACAACAUCAUCCAAGUACUCAUUCCGACCAGACGCACAGCCAUUCUCACCGGCAGGACCCAGCACUACUGCUGCUACUGCUCCCACAGGCAGGGUGAAGCAUGCUCUGCCACCAAAGCCAAGCACAAGCUACUCGGCGCCCGCAAAUGGCGCCAAGGACAAGGAAGAGGGUAUUGGAGCAAAGAGUGGCUUGGUGGGAGAAGAUGAGGCCGAGCAGUCUGCUGCUGCGUCCUCAUCCAUCUCCUCGUCCAAGCGUCUACGCGUAGACCCGUCCCUUGUGCCACUCCAGCCGAAGCUGUCUAAGUCAGCCGCUUCUUCCUCCACACCGCCUCAGCGACUGAUCGUGGUACUGGAGCAGGCAUGUCUAGAGACAUACAAGAUGUCCUCUUCCGGUAGCAGCGGUAACAGCAGGGGUCAUUCGAAGGGAGGGGAUGACAAGUAUGUGUUGCUCAACUGCGACGAUCAUCAGAGAGUCCUCGCAAGGAUGGGCAGGGAUAUCGCAGAGGCAAGACCAGACAUCACACAUCAGUGCCUCCUGACACUACUGGACUCUCCGCUCAACAAGGCCGGCAUGCUCCAAGUCUAUAUUCACACCGCAAAGGGCGUAUUGAUCGAAGUGAAUCCUCAAAUCCGUAUUCCCCGAACAUUCAAGCGGUUCGGUGGUCUGAUGGUUCAACUUCUGCAGAAGCUCUCCAUCCGCUCGGUCAACGGUCCCGAGAAGCUAUUGAAAGUGAUCAAGAACCCGGUGGUGGAUCACUUCCCACCUGGCACACACAAGAUCACCCUAUCCUACGACGCCCCGCUCCGUCGUCUCUCCUCCUACCUGCCCACUCUUCUCCCUUCUUCCGAUGCAAAAGACGCCGCUCCUCGUACCCUCGCCGUCUUCAUCGGUGCAAUGGCCCACGGUAAAGACGACUUUGCAGACCAGUAUGGUCUGGAUGAAAAGAUGAGCGUGAGCGAGUAUUCACUCAGUGCAAGUGUGGCUUGUGGAAAGUUUUGUUGCGCAAUGGAGGAUAUUUGGAAUGUUGCUUGAGGUGCGGGGAAGGAGCAGCAGGGAGAAAGUAGCUCGUGAAUCGUCUCUAGCGGCAGGCUAUAGUCACAAUGUCUAUGAUCUCUUUCCUUCUCUGCUGCUGUUCUCUUGCCCAGUCUUGACUCGCUUUCAAUGUCUAAUCUAGAGCAUGCCUUAUGUAGAUUUGAUCAGGUACAAUUACAUGUGAUUUUGUC